AUGCCUUUUCUUCAUCGACUUUCAUCAGCUGGUACUCUAUCAAUAUCUAAACUUCGUCAAGCUUUACAACAUGUUCUGAUAAAACAUUCUGCUCUUCGUACAUCACUCUAUUUUGAUACAAAUAAAAAUAUAUUAAUUACUUUCGAAACAGAUGAAAAUUUCAAUAUCAUUAUGCAUAAUGAACGUGGGAAUCCAAAUAAUUUUAAUCUAUUAAUUGGAAUCAUUUGUGAAAAAGAUGCACUAAUCUUUCAUUUUCAUCAUGCAUUAUUUGAUUUUCCAUCAACGCAAAUAUUUCGUCAAGAUCUUGAUUAUGCUGUGGUUGAACAACAAAUGCCAAUGACAGCUGCCAAUGCUUUUUGGCUUGAUGCUCUUCGUGAUUGUGAAAUCGAUCGACCUUUACAAUUACCAUUUGAUCGACAUCGUGUUUCCGAUGAGCAUCGUACAGGUCGUGGAACUUCAAUUUCAUUUCAAUUUGACAAUGAUCUUUCAAAAGCAUUUCUAAUUUAUGCAUCAACAUAUAAUAUUAAACUUGAAUAUUUAGCACUUGCUUCUUAUUAUACAUUCUUAUUUAAAUUAGCCAAUAAUGAAAAUGAUAUAUGUAUUGUUAUGAAUAAUCAUGGUCGUUCGAAACCUGAAUUAAUGUCAAUUAUUGGAAUGUUUGUUAAUGCACUUCCAAUGCGAUGUCAAAUUAAUUCUAAUCAUUCAUUUCAUGAAUUUGUAAAACGUGUACAAACAAUAGCAACACAAAAAUUCGAACAUUCUUAUUUUCCUCUUCAACGUAUUCUUGCUCAACAUUCACAUAUUUCUCGUCCUACAUUUCUUAAUGUAUUCUUUGCAUUUGUUUCGUUUCCAACUGAAGAUAAUCAUGAUGAAGUGACAUUAGGAGAUGUUCCUAUUUAUACUAUGCCUUAUUCAAUUCAAAUAAAUACAGAUGAAAUUGCAAAUAAAUUUGAUUUUUCUCUAAGUAUUAUACAUGAUACAAUAACCGAUCAAUUAUCAUGUUCAAUCGAGGCAUCUCUUGAUUUAUUCAAUCCAUCAACAACAUAUAAAAUUGGACAACGAUUUCAAAUUUUACUUCAACAACUUUUCACAUCAGAUUUAGUAAAUGAAACUUGUCAAUCGAUUCAUGAAUCUUCAGUAAUAUUACCUAAUGAAAAGAUUCUUAUGGAAUCAAUUAAUAAUACUCAAACUUUAUUUUCUUCAUCUACUCAUUGUAUACAACAUGAAUUUAUUCAGCAAGUAGAUAAGCAGUCACAAAAGAUAGCCAUAGAACUUGAUGAACAAUCUCUUACUUAUAAUGAAUUACUAUAUUAUGCACAAUGUUUAUCUCUUGAAUUUCUAACAAAUUCAAAUUAUAUUCCUAGUAAUGUUGUUUGUCAAUGUAUAGACCGUAGCAUAUCAAUGUUUAUUGGUAUUUUAUCUAUUAUUAUGGCUAGUGGUUCUUGA